AUGUCUCUCGUUAACUCCUCACGCAAGCUGUUGGCCGUUCUCCUGGCCAUCGGCGCCGCUGYUCAGGAUGGACCUCUUGCCCUCUGCUCCGAUGAUCAGUGCGACAACUGCCCAAAUGCCGUCACGACGACUGGCACCGGUUACCCAGCUUGCGUAAUCUACAACCGUGACACWGUACUCGGUGGUACCGUUGACGACUACGAAGGGCUGGAGAAUGACCUGAGAAAGGUCUACUUUGAUGUUGCACCAUUGGAGAACAAGGAAUGCAGGACCAUCAUUCGGAGUCCAGCUUACACAACCGAUCCAAACUGCGGUGUGCCAGUGUUCGCAGGCAAUCAGGGAGGCUGCUACCCUGCRGAGGUCGAUACUACUUUCAUGGUGCAGUUCUGCUGUGGCAUUGGUGACUGUGGCGCUGCUGGCGCCCAGCGUCGCGACGGCGGCUUCUCCUCGAGCUCCAGCUUGGUGCUGCGUGACAGCGAGGGAAGUGUUGUUGUCCCGCAUGCCGUUGGCGAUAUCUUGGGAGAUAUGACUGAAGUCUUCAUGGAGGAUCAUGGCCUCAACUCCACGUCCGUGAAGAAGGUCCGCUCCGCCGAUGGAACCGUUGUAUACAAGUUUGGCUACGGCAUGGAAGAUGCUGUGCAGAAGCGCGAUUGCGACACCUACAUUGCAGAUGGUGCGCCUUACACCAAGAUCAGCAGCGAGACAUCUAUCAUCUCUGGAGACAUCUGUGAUACCACCACGGACAGCACCGUCCAAUACUCAAGCAGUGUCUCACGCUCCACCACAUUUGGCGCGUCUGUGAGCGACCCAUUCGGUAUCGUGUCUGCCUCAAUCGACUUCACCAUCGAGGAGAGUGCGUCGCAAUCCACCAGUUAUACAAUUGGGCCAAAGGAGCAUCAGUGYGGACACAUCACUUGGACUCCCAUCCUGCUUUGCACAGGCGGGACCAUCACUGGAUGUGAUGGCGGCGACCAGACUGGCGAAGUUUGCACCGCAAGGCGUAUCAGCGACAACGAGGUUGAUGGCCGCUACUCGUUCGUUCAGACAAGUUAA